AUGUUGAGGCUGUUGAUCUCCUCAAUACUCGCGGUUGCGAGCUUGCUCGCAGGCGUCUCUGCGCAGACGUACGGCAUUGGCAUGCCCAACAACGUCACAUCCCUGCAAGGCACAUGGAGCACGGGCUCCGGUGACGUCCUCACAGGUCUUAACUUCUACGACCCGGUCAACAACUCGUUCAUCUACCCUGCCACCGCAGGGCAGUCGUACAGCUUCACCAACGACGGCUACUGGGAACAGGCGCUGUAUCUGUAUAACACCAAUCCAGCCAAGCCAAACUGCGUCUCGGCACAACUCAUCUGGCAGCACGGGACCUACAUUCUCAACAACAACAAUACGCUCACGCUCAACAUCUUCAAAGGUGAUGGCCGUCAGCAGGUAUCGGAUCGGUGUGCCGAAAACUCCAACUACGUGCAGUCGUACGACCAGGUCGAAAACAUGCAGGGCUUUGAGAUCCACCUGGACACGCACUUUAACACGCCCAUGUAUUCUUUACUGCUCUAUUCGUACGACGGUAGCCCGAAACCCCUCAUGUGGCAGAGGUUUAACCCUCCUCAGAUGCUGCCCACACAAGCUUUGCACGAAGAGGUGAUUGGAGAGCUCAACUCGUCCUAG